AUGCCUUUCAAAAUAAAAAUCAUAUCAAUUAACGACAAAGACUAUUUACAUUGCUCACACAAAUAUUUACCUGAAAUAUAUAGAAUCCUAACAGACACAGAUAAUAAUCAUAAAGCGGAUAAAAAAAUUUUUGAACAAUGUGAUAUUGUGGUAGCAGAACCCGAUGAAAAUAAUACUUUUGUAAAAGCAAUUAGGGGUCGUAUUAUAUUCAUUCAAUGUGGGAAGGAUUUUGAAGAAAAUUUGCCAGAAUUAUUUAUCGUGGACGACGAAUCGCGUGUUGAAUAUUUUAAACGAUGUUAUACUUCAGUCUGUAAAGAAAAGGUUGCGCAAUUUGGACAAAAAAAUUUUCCAAUCACACAUAAUGACAUAACCGCCCACUCUGCAAGUAAAAUGAAAGUAUUCAUUGGUUCCUCAUUUGAAUUAAGAAAAUAUGUCGUUAAACAAAACCAAUAUAAAAAUGAGAUAGUUAAUGCAAUAAGAGUUUCGAUGGGGAUAAAAAUACCAACACCAACACGACAACUAAAAAAAAGAAAGGAUAGAAAGAAAAAAGAAAUUGAAGCGAAUUGGGCCCCACAAAAAGGGGAUAGGGAAGUAGAACAAGAAAAAGGAAUCUCUGAUGACGAUGAAGAAGAAGAAGAUGAUGAUGAUGAAUCAGAAAAAGAUGAUGAUGAAGGACAAACAUCAAAGAAACAUAAACCCAACCCUGACACAACAACAACGACAACAAUACAAAGGCCACAAUUCCUUCCCCUCAAAUUAAAUAAUAAUAGAAAACCAACAGAAGAAAUUAAGAGAAAAAAACAAAUAAUGUACUAUGGAAGCGAUAAUAAGAAAGAUCUGGAUGAAAAAAUAUUAAAUAUUUUUUCAUAA